AUGUCUCAUUCUUGGUUGCAAAAGAAGCGCAAAGGCGAGCUCAUUGAACUUGCGCAGAAGGCUGGAAUGCCCAAUGCCGACGGAUACUUGAAGGACGAUUUGGUCGAGGCACUUGAAGACCACCUGAACGAAAAUGAGACGACCUAUGCAAAGCACCCCGAAUUUCGCGACUACUAUGGUCGCAGUGGAUCGCCUCUAAAACGCGAGCGUUCAUCGCCAUCUGCGCCUGUAACCUUGACCAAGACGCGUCGUCGGACGCUGAUCAAAGUUCCCUCUGAGGAACCACUCUUCGACGCGACUGCGGGCGCAAAAGAGAGCGCUACCGCACUUGUCACUCGAACUCCGCGAGCCGUAUCCCGACGCGUCUCCGAAGUUAUGGGUCAGGUUGACAUCCCCGCAUCGCCAGCUCAGCUUGCGGAAGUCGCCGACCAGUCGUUCCAGGUCAUGAAGGAGAAGACGAGCGACCUCUGGAACCGUACACACAUCGACUACUUCAAGGAGCUCGUGCGUGAGAACGCGAGCUCUGUCGCGACGAUCCAGACACUCAUUCUUCUGCUUGAAGCAGCCGGGCUACAAUGGAACACCCUGCAGACGACUCCCACAAUUGCCUUGUCAGAUUCCCUGUCCACAUGGACAAACAGCCAAUAUCUCUUCAUCCCAGACUUCCUCGCGCUCCUCACAAGCGACUGGUGGGCCCCAGCCACUCUCUGGUCCCUCACGAGUUGGGUCCUCCCACUAGUCUUCUCCUACUUCUUCAACCUGACCCUGCGCACAAACACAAACCGCAAGUCUGAGGACCGCCAAUAUCCCGCUGACCCGCUCACUUUCAACAUCCUGAAGGCCAUCCUUGCUUACAGCGCGUACCGCAUUCCUACGGCCAACCCUGCUCUAGCAGGCACACCUGGCAGCAUUCAGGUCAACGAUCUCAGCUGGGGACCCUUCUCCGCGGAUACCGUUGGUGUUGUGCGCAACAACGUUCCAGGAGGUUAUCAUGGUCUACAGAUUGGUGCCGUUGUUGGUGUGUUGGUGAGCUUGUAUGACGCCGCCCUGAAGAAGUGA